GGGACAGAGCUUGUCUCUGCUCCCAUGGCGAUCUCUAGGGUUUGGAUCUCCUCCUCCUUUGUCCUUGCGCUCCUACUCUUCUCCACGUUGUCCCCGGCUAGGGCGGAGGGAGAGGCCGGAGCGGAGGAGGCCGGAGCGGAGGAGGCGGAGGCGGCGGCGGCGGAGGAGUCGGCGGUGCUCACCCUCGACGCCUCCAACUUCGCCGAAGUCGUCGCGCAACACUCCUUUAUCGUCGUCGAGUUCUACGCCCCAUGGUGUGGCCAUUGCCAGAGACUUGCUCCAGAGUAUGAGAAGGCUGCAUCGAUAUUGAGCAAACAUGACCCGCCAAUUGUGCUUGCUAAGAUUGAUGCUAAUGAGGAGAAAAACAAAGAGCUUGCCAGUCAGUAUGAGGUGCAGGGCUUCCCCACAAUUAAGAUUCUAAGAAAUCAAGGAAAAAUCAGUCAAGAGUACAAGGGUCCUCGGGAAGCAGAUGGCAUAGUUGAUUAUCUGAAGAAACAAGUUGGUCCUGCUUCUGCUGAGAUAAAAUCUACAGAAGAUGCCAGCAAUUUAAUUGGCGACAACUCAAUCUUUAUUGUUGGAGUGUUCCCUGAAUAUAGUGGCAGUGAGUUUGAGAACUUCAUAGCUGUGGCUGACAAGCUGCGAGCAGAUUACAGUUUUGGUCACACCCUGGAUGCUAAGCUCCUUCCUCGCGGUGAUUCAUCUGUGAAAGGGCCUGUUGUUAGGCUAUUUAAACCGUUUGAUGAACUAUCCGUCGAUUACCAGGAAUUUAAUGUGGACUCACUAGAGAAUUUCAUUGAAGUUGCAAGUGUGCCGUUGGUCACCACUUUUGACAAUGAUCCCAACAACCAUCCUUAUCUCCUAAAAUUCUUCGGUCGUCCUAGUAACAAGGCUAUGCUUUUCGUGAACUUCAGCGAUGAGAAAUUUGAUGCUUUUAAAUCCAAGUUCCGUGAAGCUGCUGAACAGUUCAAAGGGCAAAACAUAAGCUUUUUGAUUGGUGAUCUUGAUGCCACUCAGCGUGCUUUCCAGUAUUUUGGACUGAAAGAAGAUCAAGCUCCCCUCAUUAUGAUAACAGAGACCACCGGUAAUAAGUAUCUUAAAACAAACUUGGAACCUGAUCAAGUUGUAUCUACAUUGGAGGAGUACAAAGAUGGUACCUUGAAACCAUUUUUGAAGUCAGAGCCAAUUCCGGAGGUCAAUGAUCAACCUGUUAAGGUUGUUGUGGCUACCAACCUUCAUGAUGUGGUCUACAAAUCUGGCAAAAAUGUUUUCCUCGAGUUUUAUGCACCUUGGUGUGGACAUUGCAAGAAAUUAGAGCCUAUCUUGGAGGAAGUAGCUGUCUCAUUCAAGGACGACAACGAUGUUGUUAUUGCUAAGAUGGAUGCUACUGCAAACGAUAUCCCGAAGGAGUUUGAUGUUGAGGGUUAUCCAACUCUAUACUAUUAUACUGCUGAUGGAAAUCUGAUGAAUUAUUUGGGUGGUCGGAGUAAGGAAGCCAUCAUUGAUUUUAUACAGAAUAAUAAGGGUAAAAAGGUCCAGUCCGAGUCCAAGUCUGCAGAAGAUGAAGAAACUCAAUCCAAACCCGUAGUAGAGGAAGCAACUGAAUCUGAGCCUGUCAAAGAUGAGCUAUGAUUGUGGAAAUUUAUGAACUUGAUGUUGCGACUUGAUGUUGCCAGAGUAAGUGUGCGCCUUUGAUCAGAUUUUGGCGGCUAAUUACUACAAACAUGUUUUUGGUUCUCAAGCCAAAUUUACUGAGGUACACUUGUUAGAAGGUUCCAUAUUGUUAUUUUGUACUUUCUAGCUUAAUAAUUAGUAGUGUUGCAUCUCGAGUACAUUAGAAUUCAAUAGCGCUUUUGUUUGCGACCAAUCGAUCGAGAGAUUUAUGAUUAAGUUAAUAAAUGGAGCCUUUAUGUUUAGUCUACCAUUUCAUGUGGAAUUUCUGGGUACCAAUAAUCUAAUAAAAGUUAAAUAAAAGUAAGCUUUCCGAUCCUA